UCAGUCCUUUUGAGAAGCCAGCAGAAAAUGACACGUUCUAACUGCUCUGUUUACAAUGAGUCUGUGGAAAUAGCCAUGAACAUCCUACUAAUUUUGGAAUUUGGGCUGGGACUCACAAGCAAUGCUAUUGCUCUGUGGACAUUCUACUUCCAUUUGAAAAUUUGGAAGCCGCAUGCCGUCUACUUGCUCAACCUGGUUAUUGCAGACAUCUUGCUGAACAUUUGCCUGCCGUUUCGACUAUUGCUUGCUCUCAGGUUUAGCAUUCUAGAGACAUGGGAUUAUAGAGGGCUAUUCUGCUCGGUAAUACUCUUCAUGCUGUCUCUUGCCCAAGCUGUCUCCAUCGCAUUCCUCACCGCUGUAGCUCUGGAUCGCUAUUUCCGGGUGGUCCACCCUAACAAUAAAACCAGCUUUCUCACAGCCAGGAAUGCUAGAGUCAUUGCUUGCUUGGUAUGGAUUUUAGCAAUCGGAUUGACUGUUGAGAUCCUGGUUGCUCCUCUACCCAAAACCUUCACUGAGUGCCGCAGUUUCAGCCUACAAGGAGAGACCAACUUCUACAGCAUCUGGCAUGUCAUCGUAUUCUUUUUGGAGUUUCUCGUUCCCUUUGGCCUCAUUUUGUUUUGCACAGUUGGCAUCAUCAGGAAGCUGAAGAAGAGCCCCCGGGAUUUGAGCAGUCAACCUAAGCUGCAGAAAGCCAUGUUGUUAGUGAUUGCAGUGGUGGUGGUGUUCGGAGUUUGCUUCCUGCCCAGUGUGUUGGGCAGAGUUCUUGUGUAUAUUCUCCAAAACUUUGAAAGCUGUGCAGCUUUUCAUUUUGCUGUGAAUGUAUUUGAUGUUACUAUCUGCUGGACCUAUCUCAACAGUGCUAUGGACCCCAUCGUGUACUGCAUCUCAAGCCCGACUUUUCGAAGUUCCUAUAGAAAGAUCUUGAAUUCUCUAAGGGUGAGAAGAAAUGAAGUGGAACCCCAGAGCUUAGACAUUUCCAAAGAUUCUGAAAGUUGAAGCAAUUGGAAAGAUUCUGAUAAUCUCUAAUGUAUAUGCCAGGUUGGAAAGGAAACUCCCACCCCCCCCAUUACCAUGUCUUAUCCUGCAAAUGAAGGGUCUGUCAGAACUCAGCCCUUCUAACCCCUUUCAUUACAUUGGGCUGGAAUUCUAGUUAAACAAGUCAAAAACCUAGAUGUAAUGUUAGCUGAUGUAUAUCAGUGUAGCUCCAUUGACUUAAGUGGAGAUAUGCCAAUUUAUGCCAGCAGAGGAUCUGACUAUUUUUUUUUUUAGUAAAACUCCUGUUGACUCCAGUGGGAGUAGGGGAUGCCAUCUUAAAUCAGUUUAAAAUUAUGAUAUAUACAGAAGCCAAAUAGAUUCUCCAAGACUUAAAAUUAUUUUUUUAUGCUUAGCUGUACCUAAUGUAAAGAUUAACAUUUUAAAAAUGAAGCUUUACAAGCAGUUGUUCCUUAUAUGUUGACUGAAACUUGAAUUUAGAUUAUAAAUAAUUCUGUCCAAACUAGCCAUGUUCUAUUCCUUCAUGUACAUGUGAGGCACUAUUGUUUUAUUUUUAUAGAGAUAGAGCAAGGGUGGGCAAACAAUGGCCCACGGGCCAGAUCCAGCCCACAAGCCAUUUUAAGCCAGCCCUCAAGCUGGGGAGCGGGGUCUGGGGCUUGCCCCACUCUGGUGGUCCAGCCAGGGCGCUGGGUCAGGGGCCGCACCAUGUGGCUUAGCCAAGCUCCGGCGCUCCAGCUGGAGUGCAGGGUCGGGGGCCAUACCACACGGCUCCUGGAAGCAGCCGCAUGGCCCCGCUCCAGCUCCUACGUGCUCCAAUUGGAGCUGCAGGGG